AUGCAGGACUCAGAAACGGAAUGUGCAGGACUAAUGCAGGAAUCCUACUGGGAACAUGCAGGACUCCUACACAGAAUAUUCCAUAACUACUACAGGAAUCCUACAAGAAACAUAGAGGUAUGCAACAAGGGACUUGCAAGAUUCCUACAGAUAACAUUUGGGACUCCUGCAGGAAUCCUACAAGUAACAGGUGGAGGCUGGGAUAACCUGCGCAACAUAGACAAGGGACGAGUGAUGAAUCUGAGCUACUCCCGGUGUCAGACCACAGCAGAUGGAGUCUAUCUCAUUCCAGAUGAAGUCUUUGUUAUUCCAAAGAAAGAGGGUGCAGUGGAAACAAACUCUGAGAUCAUUAUGUCAUGGAUGAAUCACACAAGCUCUACCUCAAGCUCCAUCAAUGCAGACGUUUCCUUCCUUUCGGCGCUCAAUGGUAAAUACUCAGAAGAAUAUCGACAUUUGAAAACUCGCCAAGUGAAAGACAAUUCUGUGACAUCACGAGUUCAAGUUCGAAACCAUCUGUACACACUAAAGGUGUAUCUUGACUUCAUUUUGGACUCCCGUUUUGCUCAGCAGGCACUGGAAAUAGCACACGCCAUUGAAAAUAAUCAAACAUGCCUAGAAAUGUAUCUGUCAGAGAAACUUGUACUUAAUUAUGGCACCCAUGUCAUCACAAGUGUUGAUGCUGGAGCCACUUUGGUGCAAGAAGAUUAUUUAAAAAGGUCCUAUGUCCCUGACAAUCAGUCAGAUUUGUCCUCUCUUUCUGCAGCAGCAGGCUUGAAGUUCUUCGACAAUCUUAAAUUUGAUGUUGGUGGCAAGGGAUCCCAAGACAACACUGCAGUUCAGGAAUAUCAGAGAAACGUUGUACAUUCUGUAAUGCUGAGUCAUGGAGGAGCUUUAUUCUAUCCAGGCAUUACUCUGCCUAAGUGGCAAGAGAGUACGCUUAAUAAUCUGGUUGCCAUUGACCGUUCUGGGCUGCCGCUGCACUAUUUUCUUAAUCCAUCAACAUUCCCAGACCUCCCAACACAAACAGUUAAAAAACUGGCCUCAUCAGUUCAUCAAGCAAUAGAACGAUACUAUAAAGUGAACACCAUUCCGGGUUGUGUAAAUGUGGAUUCCCCAAACUUCAACUUCCAGGCAAAUGUAGACGAUGCGUCUUGUGAGGGUCUGAUCACCAAUCUUAGCUUUGGUGGCAUGUACCAAAGAUGCACUCCAUUGACAUCAGAUGGAGAUGCCAUCUGUGAAGAGGCAGCACAGAAAAACCCAGCCACUGGUGAUUAUUCUUGCCCUGAGAAUUACAACACCACCUUGUUACACUCUGAGAUAGUAGAACGCCAAUAUAAGGAAAGCUCAACACCUACUGAAGAUUGUGGGUUUUUUAAGUGGUUUACUUGUCGUCACCAGAAAAGCGAAUACAUUACCCAUGUCCAUCAGGCAAAAGUGGACACUUACUGGUGUUUCACAUUUCAGAAAACUCCAGAAUACUCUGGCUACCUGUUUGGAGGUCUAUAUGGACCAGAUUUACAAAACCCUCUGACCAAAUCCAAUAGCUGCCCACCAGACUAUUUCACGCUAAAGUUCCUGCCUAAUGGCAUGAGGAUUUGUCUGAGUAAUGAUUACGAGGCUGGAGCAAGAUUCUCUGUACCUUUUGGAGGCUUCUUCAGCUGCUCUUUUGGCAAUCCUGCAGCAAAUAAUCAGUUUCACUGUCCACUUCAGUUCAGCCAACAUCUCGCUGCCAUUAGUGAUGAUUGUCAGGUUUUGUACUGUGUCCAGUCUGGUGUGUUCACUGGUGGCCUGUUAAAACCAGUCCUCCUUCCUCCAUAUACAAAACCACCAGUAGUCAGCAUUUCUGCAACAAAGCAGUAGCUCUAGUGACUUAAGGUGAUUGUUUAAAUGUAAGUGUUGGAAACUAAAGAUGAUGACACAUGGGGCAACAUUUAGAGCAAUGUCCCAGAUCAAUUAAAUGGAGACUGAAAGUGUACAGCAAUGUAGUGGCGCAGUGAGUAGCACGUUCGCCUCACAACAAGAAGAUCGCUGGUUUGAGCCUUGGCUAGGUCAGCUGGCA